AUGACCACACCCACCAUGAUCACGGUUGAAUCACUCCCAAACCUUCUCGCCGACGACAUCAAAGUCAAAGUCGCCGGUAUCGACAGCGAUGGUGUGCUUCGUGGCAAGGUUAUGGCCAAGGAGAAGUUCCUUGGGAUUGCGGAAAAGGGAUUCGGCUUCAGCUCAGCUCUUUUCGGUUGGGAUAUGCACGAUAUGCUAUGGACAACCGAUGCACGGGUCGCACCCCGGAAUCAGGUGCGAUUUCUUGAUGAUACACGCCCGGUUUCUGCAGAUGGGAGGAGUAUGCUGAGGAGCCUGUGCGAUAAGCUUGCGGGAGAGGGGCUUCAUGCUUUUGCUGGAGUCGAACUUGAAUUUAUGAAUUUCCAGACUCCUUCCGAGGACGGAUACGGCAGUGCAGGUUCCCAGCAUCCCAAUCUCGCUUCUUUCCUAGAGAAAAAUGCACCUAGUGCCCUGCGACCAAUUACAGCUGGCAUGUUCUGCUAUAGCUCAACACGACCAGUUGCGAACAAGAAGUACUUCUAUGACAUUUUCAAUACUAGUGCGCAGAUCAACUGCGGCAUUGAAGGAUGGCACACUGAGGGCGGGCCCGGUGUGUAUGAAGCAGCCUUGAAGGUUUCCGAGAUUAGCGAAAUGGCAGACAAAGUGGCAUUAUUCAAGCUUUUAACCAAAUCCCUAGGAGUUGACCACGGCGUUACACCAUGCUUCAUGGCUAAGCCCAUGCAGGGCAUGCCAGGUAGCUCUGGACACAUCCACAUCUCACUUGCUGACAAGGAUGGGAAGAACCUGUUUGCAAGAGAGACACCCGAGGCAAACCCUCAAUGGUCGGACAUCGCACACCUCUCCGAAACAGGACGUCAUUUCCUUGCCGGGCUUCUGGAAGCUCUGCCAGAUAUCAUGCCAUUGUUUGCACCGACUGUGAACUCAUACAAGCGCCUCGUUGAGAACUACUGGGCGCCAGUGCACAUUAGCUGGGGACUCGAGGACCGGAUUGCCUCAAUCCGUCUUAUCACGCCACCAGUAUGCAAGCCAGGUGCCACGCGUUUCGAAGUCCGCAUUCCUGGAGCUGAUCUCCAUCCCCAUUAUGCACUGAGUGUCAUCCUUGCAGCUGGCUGGAGGGGUGUACAGAAAAAGCUUGAGAUCACGGUCCCACCGAUGUCUGCACGCACGCCAGGGGACCGUCCAGAGCUUCUUCCCAAUACUUUGGACAAGGCUUUGGACCGUUUCUCAGCUCCGGGAAGUAUUGCACGGGAGAUUCUGAGUUCAGAGUUUGUAGAUUUCUUCACAGCCACAAGACAACACGAAUUGGGUCUUUGGAGAGAGGCUGUCACUGAUUGGGAGUUGAAGCGAUAUAUUGAAAUAGUGUAA